GAUUUCGUUUUCUUUUUUAGACAUCAUGAAGGUCCUCAUCGUCCUCGCCGCCUGCGUGCUGGCCGCCAUGGCCGCCAUCCCCUCGGACAUGGAGAUCAAGGCCCACUGGGAGAGCUUUAAGGCCACCCACGCCAAGACGUACGCCAACGCCGUCGAGGAGGCCUACAGGGCCAAGGUGUUCAAGGAAAACGCCAUCAGGAUCGCCAAGCACAACGACCGCUUCGCCAGCGGCGACGUCACCUUCAAGGUCGGCUACAACCAGUACGCUGACAUGCACACCCACGAGGUUACUGAGAAGAUGAACGGUUUCCGCAUGGAGAUGAAGAAGCCCAGCGCUCAAGUGCACAAGGCCUCCAACAUGUCUGUGUCUUGGCCGUGGAGCAAGAAGGUCGACUGGAGGUCUCAAGGCUACGUCACCCCCGUCAAAGACCAGGGCCAGUGCGGCUCCUGCUGGUCUUUCUCUGCUACCGGUGCCCUCGAGGGUCAGUUAUUCAAGAAGACCAAGACACUGGUGUCCCUCAGUGAGCAGAACCUUAUCGACUGCUCUACGGAGUUCGGUAACCACGGUUGCCACGGUGGUCUGAUGACCAAUGCUUUCGAGUACGUCAAGGCUAACGGCGGCAUCGACACCGAGGAGAGCUACCCCUACACCGAAAAGGAUGGCGGUGAAUGCCAGUACAUCGUAGAUUACAAUUCUGGCGUCAACACCGGUUACAUCGACGUCGAGUCUCGCAGCGAGAGCGCCCUCCUCGACGCCAUCACCAAGGUCGGCCCCGUGUCCGUCGCCAUCGACGCCAGCCAGUGGAGCUUCCAGAUGUACAAGAGCGGCGUCUACUACGAGCCUGCCUGCUCCUCCGACUCCCUGGACCACGGUGUGCUCGCCGUCGGCUACGGCAGCGAAUGGCUCAACAAGGAGUUCUGGCUCGUCAAGAACUCCUGGGGCACCACCUGGGGUGAGCAGGGCUACAUCAAGAUCGCCCGCAACAAGAAGAACCACUGUGGUAUCGCCAGCAUGGCCAGCUACCCAACGGUUUAAGUUGCGUGCUUGUGUUGUAUCAUGACGGGAAAUAAAGUCUGCUGAACAUUAA